AUGGUCCGUCUACAACUUGUCAUCCUCGCCACCAUCGGCGCAGUUCGUGCCGCACCGACCACAGCGGAGCCAUCCACACCAGCGGGCUUGCCCCUGCCAGUUUCCACUGUCUACUCGUUUCCCAAAGGCUCCUUCGUAGAGAACCUCGCCGUGCGUUCCAAUGGCGAGAUUCUCGUGACACGCACGACCAGUGCCGAGCUAGUUCUACUCGACCCCCAACGGCCCGGGUGCGCAGUCCCGGUAUACAACUUCACGAAGGCAGGUCUGUCAGGAAUGACCGGCAUCACCGAGUACGCGCCCGACGUGUUCGCCGUGCUGGCUGGCGAUUACCACUUUGGCAAGUCGGUCGGCGUGGGCAGCUGGACCCUAUUCAGCCUCGAUAUGCGCGGCGUCAAGCUAUCCCAGGCAGCCUGCGGCCUGGCCGGCGGGAACCUUCCUCGGGUGCGCAAGGUCGCCCUCGUCAAAGAGUCGCAGCUGCUCAACGGCUUGGCAGCGCAUGGCAAAUACGUGCUGGCCAGCGACACCUUUGCGGGCCUCAUAUACCGCGUGGACAUGUCGACGGGCGACUACUCGGUAGCUAUCAACGCGACCUACCUCUCCAAGCUGAAGACCCCGCACGGCGUCAAUGGCAUACGUAUCGUCGGCGACACGCUGUACGCGGCCAAUUCGGGACAGUCGAUUCUGGUCAAGGUCCCGAUCACAGAAAAUGGGGCAGAGGCCGGCCCCUACACCGUCAUCGCGCACAACAAGGGUCCUGUCGAUCACUGGGACGACUUUGCCGUCGACUCCGAGGGCGGCAUCUGGGCCGUCACGGCGAGCGGGAAUACACUUGUCAGGAUCACGCCAGAUGGGAAUACCCAGACGGUCGUGGCGGGCAACCUGAACUCGACGGCUAUUGCUGAGGGGAGUUCGGCGCAAUUCGGGAGGGGAAGCUGUGAUAGUAAUGUGCUGUACGUCACGACGGUGGGCGGACUCCUUGGUCCCAUCAACGGCACCGUGGUCAUUCCGGGAGCACUGGUCUCCGUGGACACAGAAAAGAGAGGUGCUGUUGGUAUUUACUAA